AUGGCAACCAACAUCACCUACCACGCCGCGGCCCUCACCCGCUCCGAGCGCGACACAAUCCGCAACCAGAAGGGUCUCACAAUCUGGCUGACCGGUCUCUCCGCCUCAGGCAAAUCCACCAUCGCCGUCGAGCUGGAGCACCAACUCCUCCGCGACAGAAAUGUCCACGCCUACCGUCUAGACGGUGACAACAUCCGCUUCGGUUUGAACAAAGACCUCGGUUUCAGCGAGGCAGACCGUAACGAGAACAUCCGCCGCAUCGCAGAGGUUUCCAAGCUCUUUGCCGACUCCAGCGCUGUCGCAAUUACCUCUUUCAUCUCUCCUUACCGAAAGGAUCGUGAUACUGCCCGUGCGCUGCACGAGAUUCCUCCUACCGGCGAGGCUGAUAAGUUGCCUUUCGUUGAGGUUCACAUUGAUGUUCCUGUUGAGGUUGCUGAGCAGCGUGAUCCUAAGGGUCUUUACAAGAAGGCUCGUGAGGGUGUGAUUAAGGAGUUCACUGGUAUUUCUGCGCCUUAUGAGGCGCCUAAUAAGCCUGAGGUUUACAUUAAGAAUGUUGAUCUGCCUGUCCAGGAUGCUGUGAAGCAGAUUAUUGCCUACCUUGAUUCUCAGGGAUACUUGCCUCCUAAGUCUCAGUAA